AUGACACAAGAUCUAAUGAAGCCAUUUUACCAUAGUCAUGAAAAUGAAGAUAUGGAGGACUUUCUCUUCGACUUUGAAAUGUAUGCAGAGUCAAAGCAGUGGGAUGAUGAUCAUAAGAAAAAGGUUGUAGGGUUACACGUUUCUGAUAAAGUGACAAAAACCAAAUACUAUGCUGAAGAAAAGGUUGUAAGGUUGAUGAAAGUUAAACAAGAAGAAAAUGAAUCAAUAAUCGGGUAUACCAAUAGGUUUAAACCUUAG